GAGUCCGCGCCAAAGCCAGACUCUCCCUUCACUGCAACAAUCAUUUCCCCCAAAUUCACAGAUUGAUUUCUCUUCCAAGAGCAAGAACAAUGUCGACAUCGAGCAUCGCACGAAGCUCUACAUCUUUGGAUGAGGAAAAGGAUUUACUGAAGAAGCAUGAGGAUGACGAGGAAUUCCUGGACUUGCCUGUCCGUCGACGCAAGGCCUACUUUCAGCUUGGUCGCAAAUCCUCUCUUGCAAUAACGUUUGCUCUUCUUCUGUCUAUCGGCUUCAAUCUGUACAAUGGAUACAGAAACCACCGUCAGGUUUGCGUGAUCAACACCCAGCUAAAGCCACACGUUGUCGCGGCACCCAGCUAUACCGGGUUGGAAUACAACAAGCUCGUCACAUUCCAGGCAAAGACCGACUGGCAGAGCGAGAAUGAAACAAUCGCCGAUGCAUUGUGGGACGGUAUCGACAUUUCUCCCAUCACGAUAGCCGUUCCCAAGACCUGGGCAGCCGAGCAUGGCUUACCAGAGUCGAACACUUUCUAUUGGGAUAAAGACAAAGCCCUUUAUCAUAUCAAAGGCAUUCACGGAAUGCAUUGCCUGAAAUACCUGCGUCAUUAUAUCGUCCAGAGUGGCCGCUCGGGCAAGCCCCUAGCCCCUCAUGUGGUAGAGCACAUGGGUCACUGUCUGGACAACCUACGCCAAGACAUCAUGUGCACAGCCGAUGAUACUCUGAUGCCGGGACUGUAUGAGCACCGGUUGGGAGACAAGCAGGUACUGCAAUGUCGAGACUGGGAUGCGCUGCAGCGCUGGGCCAAAGAUCCAGUGCGCGACUCGUGUUUCCAACAGGCCUCAGAUUACAAGCAUAUAGCACACAACCUCGAACGCCAUGCUGUUUGUCCUCCGGGCUCGCAGUACGACGAGGUCUCGCGCAAGUAUUUCGAGAUUCACGGGCACAAGAAUUUGUAUGAGCCGGACGAGGAGUAGGUAGUAUACCUCUGCUGUAACACUUGCGAGGGCAGAAGGCUUUCAGCCAGAUUGGUUGUUGAUCAAGGCACUGGGACAUUAGGACAAGCACGUUAAUUACAUGGCAGUUGCGACUUUGCAGUGUUUUUCUGCCUUAUUUAGAUGCGUAUUACGAGUAUUCACUCUUUA